CAACACCAUUCCUAUAGUCAGCACAGAAUCAAUCCUUCAACUUUGACCAACUUCAAUUCAUUCUGACUUUGCACUUAAAUUAAACUAACCUUCAAUUGCUGGUGUUCCUUAAGUGCAGCAGGAGUCUCAAAUCUCAAGCAAAGAAUUUGAAAUCCACCUGCAAAAGGAAAUAAGGUUGGUAAGAGAUUUAUGCAUAAAUGAUCAAAUGUUUCAAGAUCAAACUGGCCAAAAGGCAGAAUGAAUAUGAUGUAUUCCUAAAAGUAGAGAGUAAGUAGUUUGCAUUCAACAAUAGCAGUCAAACAGGCAAUAAGUAGUACAAAGCAGGAAGAACUUAUCAAUUGGAAAUAUGACCAAAUCAUACUGCAUUACACUACUACACCUAGGGGAAACUUUACCUAACUGGUUGAUGUUUGUAACAACUAACAACAAUUUGCAUUCAAAUAGUGAAAGCUUAGCAAAAUUUGUCGCCCUAGUGUUGCUUUAUAGAUUUUAAAACCAUCACACAUCACAAUCAACACGAGCACUUCUACUAUGUUAUAUAGUAUUGGUGCUUUAAUGUACAACUUAAAGUUGUACCAUAACAUUAAAUGUAUAAGUUUAGGUUGUACCAUAAAGCAAUUUGUACCAUUAUGUUAUGGUACAACUUUACAACUUGAAGUUGUACCAUCAAAUAAAAGUACAAGUUCAAGUUGUACCAUAAAAGAAUUUGUACAAAAAGUAUAGGUACAAUCUGAAGUUGUACCAUAAAGUAAAUGUACAAUUUUAAGUUGUACCAUAAAGACAAAAUCCUAUAGCACCAAUACUAUAUAGCAUCGUAAAAUUUCUCCAAUCAACACAAAUCGAGUAACAAAAAUAAAAAAAUGAACAAAGCUUUAAUUUGACCAGAUGGAGCACAAAGGUCCAAAGCUAGCUUUGGCUUUCACCCAUGCAAGCAAACGUCUGCAUGUGACUAUAAUAGACCCACCCAGCUGCUUGCGAUAAACCCUCCAGCCAUGCUCAAUUAUUCACGUCCUCGAGUAGCAGCAACAAAUAAAUUGCCAAAACACUAUUUAUCCAUCAAGAACACUCUCAAUUGAUCUUUAAAUCACCGAAUCCACAUUUUUUAUUUUUGGACCACGGGACUUAAAUAUCGUGUUGGUCGAUAUCGCAUCAAGUCAUGGUUCUCUCCCGUGCUUUGUUAAUGUGGAAUUCGCCUGACGUGUUACAUAAAAAAAACAUAUUUUGAGGUUAAAUGGAAUAGUUAUUGUAAGAACUCCAAAAUUAAACGUGCUCGCUCUGAAACACUAAAAAAAAUGGAUAACCUUUUGAAAAAUCACCAUAAUAUGCACUUCAAAGCAAAAUCUAAGAGAGUUUGAGUUCAAAACGGACUAUAUCUUAUCGAAAAAAAGAUUCAUCAAAUAUUACAUUGUUCAUUAAGCACCAUAGGGGGGAAAAAGGUGUAAAGAAAGGGUAGCAAAUAUCAUCUUUGUUUGCCUAAACUGUCCCAGCCUUACCUUGACACCUUGCAUCUGUCAUAUCCCAAUCAUGGCAUUGGCAGGUCGAUAUUUCUCCAGAUUGGACAUCACAAUUAACCAGACGCAGGACAGGGAAAUAUCGGGAACGAAAGUAAGAGAAGUCCAAUAAGUGGCCGUGGGCCCGUGGGCCGUGGGGCACAACCCAACCAUUCAUAAAUAUGGUCCCGGGGCCCAUGCCAUAGGGAAUCCUAUAUCAUUAUUAUUAUAAUAUAUAAAGGAAGCGUCUGUGGAGUUGCAAUAGGCUCAAUAAUUACAAUGGCAGUGGCGGUGGCUGCAGGGAAUGGCAAGUGGUCGCUCGGAGGAACGACGGCGCUCGUCACCGGCGGCACGAAAGGGAUCGGAUUCGCCGUCGUGGAGGAGCUGGCCGGGCUCGGGGCAAGCGUGUACACCUGCGCGCGAAACGAAGCGGAGCUCGACGACUGCCUAGCCCAAUGGAAGUCCAAAGGCUUCACGGUGAGCGGCUCGGUGUGUGACGUGUCAUCUCCGCCUCAGCGCCAGCAGCUGAUGGACAAAGUCGCUUCCCACUUCCAAGCCAAGCUUCACAUCCUCGUGAACAACGUGGGAACAAGCAUAGUGAAGGCGAGCGUGGAUUACACGGUGGAGGAAUUCAGGUGGCUGAUGGGCACCAACCUGGAGUCGGCCUUCCACUUGAGCCAGCUGGCGCACCCUUUGUUGAAGAACAACACGGAAGGGGCCAGCCUGGUCUUCAUGUCCUCUGUCGCUGGAGUUACUUCUGUCAGUUUUGGAUCCGUUUACGGGGCAACCAAAGGAGCCAUGAAUCAGCUAACCAAGAAUCUGGCAUGCGAGUGGGCCAAGGACAACAUAAGGGUCAAUUCAGUGGCUCCUUGGUUUACCAUGACUCCUCUCGUCGAAUCACACUUGGAGGAUAAGAAAUUCGAGGAGAGCGUGAUAGGGAGAACUCCGAUGAGGCGCGUGGGGAAGGCGGAGGAGGUAGCUUCAUUGACGGCCUUCCUCUGCAUGCCCGCUUCAUCCUACAUCACUGGCCAAACCGUUUGCGUCGACGGUGGGAUGUCCGUUCACGGCUUCACCUUCCCCUGAUGUUUACUGUAACUGUAAUCGACCUUUCUUUACUUUUUCGGAGCCAUAACUACUAUAUCAUUUCAUUCGAGCUUGAAGAUCAUCUCCUAGCAGAAGAAGAUAUAGAGGAAUUUAAGCUUCUUCGUAAUAUUGUAAUCUCUCAUGAACUAGAAUUAAGCUUUGUAAUAUUGUAAUCUCUCUCCUUUUUAUGAACUAGAAUUAUUCACUUGCGACGUUGAUGAAUCCUAGUUCUAGAUUUUGGAUUGUUUGUUGAUGUGCUUGUGAGACUUUUUGACCUAGGCGAGGGUCGAAUAUCCGCUUAUAGCUAGCCCAUUUUUGGAAAUUCAUAUCACUUCUCAAUCUAUAUAUAGUUCCGGGUUAAUCUCCGAUGGAGUGAAUUUGAUGGAUCUCCUCAUCAAAGUAUAGGAUUUGAAGUAAACCCCCCUAGUUAGGUUGAAUAGAGCACCUACCAAUUCAUCACUUUGGGUCUUUGAACAAGUGUGAUAGGGUUUAUAGUGCCGCGCGUAUUGUGAAACACCGUGUCGGGUUUUCUCAAAUCGUGGGAAUUAGCGGUUAGUACCUCAACAGUCUUUUGCCGGUUGUUUGGUACGCCUCUUCGGGUAGCGCAAUUUUUUUAGGGUUGGAUCGGAUGCACUCGAAUAGGAGGUCCAACCUAGUCUAGUAUUCUCUGCUGUAGAGAUAUCGAGUCAAUCAAUGUAGGAAAGUUAUCAACAUCGACCAAAAGAAGGGAUUAGAGGGAUGCAUGCCUAAGUGAGCUCCAAACUUGUAAUUAACUAUGGUAGUGAUUGGGUUAGUUUAGCUAUAUUAGUUUUUAAUCACUAUUCUUGUUUGGCUACAUAACGAUACCUAGGUUGAAGUAAGGUACAUAUAGACACACGUGAUUCGAUAUUUUUAUUACUUGCUUACCCUAUGUUGCAGUACCCGGUCGUUGGUUAUACUUGGGCUUUAAUUGAGAAGUUAUAGUUAGAGUGAGCCAAUGGAGCUCAAUCCGGCACCACGAGGCCAUAUUCGAUGAACAGAGUUGCAGAUUUGGAAUCGUACAUUCAGCCUCCUCCUUGUGGUGACAAUAAAUAAAUCCAACUCCCUCAUUUAGAUUUUCCUUCCUUUAAUGGAGACAAUCCUAGUGAGUAGACCAGAAAAUGGUAGAAUCUCUAUGAGAUUUAUGUGACACCAAUGGAACAUAGGAUUAACAUAGCGGUGACAUACUUUGAAUGUCGUCCAGAUAUAUGGUUUGAGGGUUGGAAAACUGGUUGUAGAGAGCUAGCUCGGUAAGAAUUUGUGAUGGUCUUGUGUGGUAUGUUCAGUGGUUGGUCGUUAAGUGGAGUUGUGGGUGAUUUCAAUAAGUUGAGGCAAAGAGAAUCUCUACUGGAGUACCAAGAGAAAUUCAAAGACCUUAAGACGCAAAUGAUUCGUUAUAAUCCUGCGCUUCAAGAGGAGUAUUUCAUUUUCCAGUUUCAUAAGUGGGUUAAAUGAGGAAUUGCGACCUAUAGUCACAAUGAUGGAGCCUCAUUCCUUAGCCCAUGCAUUUUAGAUUAUCAAGCUGGAAGAAGCAUCAAAUGAGCAGGAGAAUAGAAGUGGGAUGUAUGAAGAAGAAGAAGAAGAAGAAACAAAAAGAGAAGAGGAAGAGGAAGAGGAAGAGGAAGAAGAGAGGUGAGGAUAGAGGAAGAAGAACAUUGGGAAAGUUCAAUUCUUUUAUUCGACAAUAAUUCCAAUGUCAACACAAGAUUUUUGACAAUUACAAAAUGAUCCUCCAUAUUACAAUAUGUGACGAGCAAGUCCUAAUCGUUACAAUCCUGACUCUUCGAGAAUAGGCUUGUCCUCAAGGAUGAAAAACAAAUGAAACAACAAUGUGCUAAAUAAAAACAAAUGAAAUUAACUGAAGUUG